GGGCCCAGCUGUUCCCUGAGCGGGUCUCCCUGCUGGACCCGCCCCUGAAGGCGGACCGGAGUUGACUUAAACUCUGGGACCCGGGAGGCCAGCUCGUCCUCCUCCUACCCCUGCUGGAUUCCGUGCUCUGCGGACCAAACAAUUAAACAUUGUGGAGGGACACUGACUUGUUUGGGGUGAAAUUUGCAACAUAUACAACAUAUACAAUGAAAGAGUAACACCUACUUUAAAGGAUCAGGUUCUCCAUUUCUGCGAAGGAACCUGGGAAUUUGGAAACUAGGGCUACUCCUGUGUGGAGGAGAUUUCGUAAGUUCAGCCACAGCUGGGGUUUUGUCAGGCUGGAGCUGAAGCCACCGAGUCACACCAGCUGGGGUUAGAGUCUUGAAAUCUAAGUUCAGAUUUCCUCUCAUUCAAAAAAACUGACUUUUAAUACACCUCUACUACAUCAAAUCAACAAUGAACUGGAAUGCAAAACCAGAGAGUGUCACCGUACCACCGUUGUAUCCUAAAACCCAGUCAUCUUUUUUGGAGACGACUUUAAUAAACACACCAUCUCAAGGGUCUUUAAACUCUCCUGGAAAUAACCAACCAGCAUGCAUGUUUCUCAGUAAUUCAAAUCCAGUUUCACAGCCACUGCACAACAUCAGAAAUUAUAAAACUCCUCAACAAAUCUCAGUGUCUGAUAUGCAUAGUGGGACAAUUGUGGCCUCACAAAAUUCAGUAGAAAGAAUAACAUAUGCAAAUAUGAAAGGACCUACACAACUUAAUCACAGUGUGCAAAUGUCUUCAGGAGUUACACAAAAUACAUGGUUGGACUCACCAGUGAGGAAUUCUAUGUUUUCUCAUACAGGAACGACUGUAUCUCAACAAACUGGGUUUAGAACCAAUAUACCCAAUGUAAAUGUAGUACAGAAUCAAUUUGUAACAUCAGAUACUACCUAUUCUAUGCAAGUACAGAUGAUCCCUUCUAAUUCUAUAAGAGUUCCUGUAACUUAUCAAGGAAACCAGAGAAUUAACUCAUCUUUAUCAGAGCGACAGGGUGACUGGGCACAACCGUAUACAGCCAGUGGACUAACUUAUCCAGAUUACAGACCACUUCCAAGGCAAUACACUUACGCACCACGAAGCUUUUUGCAAAAUCCUACUCUCCAGAAACAAAAUCCUAUGCCACCUACAUCAAUACAAGCUAAAAAUAGUCUUUCUCUAAAUUCUGCACUGAAUUUACACUCAAAGCAGCCUGCAACUGUACAGUCCUAUCAAUAUGCAGUUACUCAGAUUGACAAAAGACCUCCUCCUCCUCCUUAUGACUGUAGAUAUGCAAGCCAGCCUUUCCAAAAUACUCGGAAUGUUAUUCCUCAGAGUCAAGAAGCACAGUUACCUGAAAUAAGGAAUGCCUUUUGCAGAGACUUUCAACAGCAAAACAUUAAUGAAAGUGUCAGCACGAUUGGAAAUUUCUGUAACUUGAAAGUAAAUACUAAUGUCAGUCAGCCUUUUAAUGACCCCAUUAGAUUUCCCGUGGAUAGUGUUCAGAUUCUUGCUCAAAAUAAUCAAGAAGAAAGAGUAGAUUCUUGCAAUCUAACUUCAAAUCAAGCACUGGACACAAGUGCCACAAAAGAAAAGUUAGUGAGGGAUAUUAAAACACUAGUAGAAAUGAAAAAGAAAUUUUCUGAACUGGCAAGGAAAGUUAAAAUUGAUAAAAAUGUUUUGAUGGCAGCAGGUUGUAUUAAAGCAGCUAAUAACUCUUACAGAGAAUCAGCUCAAAACUCUGAACUGUCUCUGAAACAAACUGCCAAAAUCCAGUCUGGACAACAGAUAACUCUAGUCACUCCAGAAACUGCAGAGGAUAAACAACCAACAAUAAUGGAAACUACAGAAGAAACAAGUAGAACACACAGUACGUUGGACAUGAAUUGCAGAAAUAUUAACCAGGCCAAUUCCGUUUUAAUAAAUUCUGUGUGUUCAGAAAAGGUGCCAGUGCCAGAUCAGUCACAUGAUUUGAAAGUUACAACUUGUUUAAAGACAUCAACUGUUGAGACUACCCAUGCAACAUUAAAUAACACCCUGUUUUCAUCAGGAAAUUUAGUUAAUGUUGAAGAAAAUGUCAAAACAAAUUCUGAAACAAUUUCUGUUCCUCAGUCUGUGGCCUUUGAGGAAUAUGCUUCAAAGUAUCUAAAUAAAAAUAGACUACUUCUCAGUCUCCUUGCACAUGGAGAUAAAAUUGGGAAAAAAUUAUUAAAAGAUGGUUGUGAAACUAUUCAGGAUUCAAAACCAUAUAGUUUUGAAAUGAAUCCCAAUACCCAAAUCACUGGUAACUAUCUGAACUUGAAAAACAUGGAAACUCCAAGUACUUGCAAUAAAGAUGCCAAGAUUUCAGACAGUUCUUUUUGCUUUGAGAAUAAAUCGUCAACAAAUGGAUUAACUUCUAAAAGUGACAGCCACUGUUCUAUGGAAUUACUAGCAACGUGUCUUUCUCUGUGGAAAAAGCAACCUUCAGAACCUACAGAAAAAAAACAGUGUAAUGAGUCAGCAAUAAACAGAACAGCAGUUGGAAUUUCAAAGCCUGUGGAAAUCUGUGAUAAGAGUCCAUUUUCAGUUGUGGGAAAUUCUCAGAGUAAGAUAGUAAACUCACAAGUAACAACUCUGCCAAUGAUAGUACAGAAUUAUGAUUCUUCAGGUGCAACUAUUUCCAAGGGAACAGAACUGCAGAUUGCUGUAGUGUCCCCUCUAAUUCUUUCAGAUGUCAAAACAUUUCCUGUCAAAGGAGUAACAUCAGAAGCUUUACCUGAAACAAUAUAUCCAGUUAUUAAAGAAGGCAGUGUUUGUAGCUUACAGAAUCAGUUGGCAGAAAAUACAAGAGUUAGUGCUGCUUUGAAAGUUAAUGAACCGGUUCCAAGUACAUCAACAAACACCAAGAAUUUCCCACUAAUUCAGAAGGAAAAACAAAGUGCAUCAACUAAUGGUAACUCAGAAGGUACACCUAAUAUCAGUCAAGGAAAACAUAUGUCAGAACCAGGUAUUCACUUUACUGUAAGUGAUCAGCAAGCCUUGUCUAAAUCAAGGGACAGUGAUAUUGUAAGUAGUGAUUUGUUACAGAUUGACAAUAUAUGUUCUCUUGUUGAAGGUGAUACAUCUUACAAUUCCCAAAUAGCAGAGAUAUUCAAUUCACCUGUGAAAAAGGUUGAGCCACAGAAAUCUCCUCUGCUCAAUCUCCAAGUGAUUAGUAGUAGACAACAAAAAGAACCAUUAGACAUCACAGAAAAGAAAGACUUUCAUUUUCAAAAAGAAAACUUUGUACAGUGCAUGGAUGUUUCACAUAAAAUACCUAAAAUACCUGAUCAGUCAAAGUCACUGCAACCUCCAGAAUCAUUUUUGAAGAAUGUUAACGCAAAGAGUGAAAUAGAGAAAGUCGAUUUGGAGCAUAUCACUAAAAAAGAAUUCACAGCUAUAGACUCAUGUUCAUUAGCUGCUGUUCAGCAGGAGAGUAACAAUGCUCAGGAAAUUGAUGUGUCCUGCAAUUACACUGCCAAGGAUCCUGCAAGAAAUGAGAUUCUCAAUGAUAAAACAUCCACCCUAUAUCCACAUGAUCAGCUGUCAGAACUUUUAAAAGAAUUUCCCUAUGGUAUUGAAGCAGUGCUCACACGUGAAAGUUAUGUGGCACAACAAAUAACAGACCAAAUCUCAAAAGAUAAGCCUUGUGAUAAAACCAGCUGUGAUUCCAAAGACUCAAGAGACCAAAUUAAAAUUACAAUAUUAAACUCAGAGCAAAUGAAAGAAUUAUUUCCUGAACAGAAUGAUCAACCCUGUGAGGAAGACACAUUGACAGAAUCUCAGAAACAAAAUCCUAUCACAAAAGAAGGCAGCCAGUGUGCCCAACAAGAACCUACAGGUGGAGAAGGUUGUAAUUCUGUAAUGGAUUCAGAGAAAGAUGAUGUCCGUUGCUGUGCAUUGGGAUGGCUUGCUAUGGAAUAUGAAGGAGUACCCCAGUGCCAGUGUGAUUCCAUCAAGGACUCAACUUCAAAGGUAGACAAAGGGAAAGAUCAGUGUUCUUUGGGGACCAGCAGUUGUAAGCAAGAAGAGAGUACCUCUGAUAGAGAUGUUCCUAUAGGAUAUAAUAAUCCUCCAAUUAACCACCCGAAGAUUGCUCUGACUUUUCCAGAUGGGAAAAACGAUUUUCCUGAAAUAGAACAGGGCAAGGAUAUGAAAGGGACCUCCAAAACAAAAAACAGCUCACUAAGGACACAACAAGAAUUACCAAAAAAACUGGAUUCCUUACAGUGUUAUAAAAAGAAAGAAAAACUGAAAUUUCAUGAGGUAACUUUCCACUCUAGUAAUAAAAUAAAAUUUUCUCAAGAGAGUUUGCAGAGGAAGCUCAUAACACAAAACUCACAUCCACUAAAAGCAAAGACAAGUUUCUUGGCAAAUAAAAAUAAAGAUCUACAUAGGAAGAAUGGUUCUUUGGUACAACCAAUAUUGCCAGAAAAGAGAAAAUUGAAAGCAGGUGACUCUGAACUCAAAGUUUCAGAAAAAAGGAAGUUAGGGGAAGGGAGCAUACUUGAUUCAGAUACUAAAAGGAUAAAGUAUAAUAAACAAGAGCAGAAUAAAAAUGGAGGUAGUAUAUUUAAAAUAUGUAAUUUUCUGUCAAACCGAGAUGAAAGAGCCAAAGUCAAAGAAAAGAGUAUAUCAAAUGUUAAGUCCUCAGGCUCUAAGGAUAGUACAUCUAAAAAUAAUAGAGUUCUAUCACAGGAGUAUUUACAAAGACAGAAACAUAAAGAAACAAUGGGUAUCAAAGCAUCAAAGAAAAACUGUGGGAGAAAUAUACUAGGCGAUUUUCAAUACAUGAAGGCCAGUAAAGUUUCUGUGCAAGUAGGAAGUUGUGGGAAAUCAAAUGAGAGAAACAGCAGUGUACAAACUUCAAAAGAAUCAUUAUGUACAAGCCAUGACAAAAACAUCAAAACCUACCAUCCUGAGGGGUCUAAAACCUGCCUUUCAGAAAAUGUUAAAGAAACAGUCGGUGGAAAGCAACCUGAUAAAAUGUGGAUUGAUAAAACCAGUUUAGACACAAAUCUAAGCAAUGUUAACAAUGGAGUUGAACUCAGCCAGAUGUCAGCUCAAGCAAAGGAGCAAAGGAAACAAUAUCUGAACAGAGUUGCCUUUAAAUGCACUGAACGUGAGAGCAUUUGUCUCACAAAAUUAGACAGUUUACCCAAGAAGUUGAAUAAAGAAAAGAGAUUGGAAGAUAAACCUAAGAGCCCAUUACCUGAGAAAGAUACCACUGAAAAACAAAGCAUGCUGGAGUUUAAAUUAUGUCCAGAUGGACUGAUUAAUAAGAGUACAAACUCCGUUGAAGAACAGAAGGAUCAGCAGCCUUGUCCUAGGAAGGAUCAAGCCCCUGUGCAAGUUACAGGAAUAAAAAGCACAAAAGAAGACUGGAUAAAAGGUGCACCUGAGGAGAAAAGGAUUCCAGAAGCAAAUCAAGAAAUAGCAAAUGGAAAUGACAGCAAGAAGUUCAAAGGCGACAACGGAAUUGCAGGUGUGCCCUCCAGAGUGGUCCGUAUCUGGAAGCUCCCCAAUGAUGUCACUGAGGAUGAUAAUGAUUUGGGUAAUUCAAGAAACGCCAAGAGAACCUUCAGUGCAGAUGGAUUUGAGACACUACAAAACCAAGUAAAGGAUUCAAAAGCAAUGUUUCAAACCUACAAAAAGAUGUACCUGGAGAAGAGGAGCAGAAGCCUUGGUAGCAGCCCUUUAAAAUAAUUUAGAGACUUUAAUUCUGAUGGUCCUGUAAUUGCCAUGAGAAAAUUGUUGUCAUUUUCUGUUGGGAAUAUUUUGCUGGAAACAUACAGAAUCGCUACGAUAAAAUUAAUUGGUAAGAGUUUGGUUACAAUUUAGAUUAUGUAUAUCAUUGAAAUUACUUAAAAUGGCUUAAGAAACUUAUUUGUGGGGUAGCAGACAAGAAGUUGAUGGCAUUUGUUAAGGAAACCAUAAGGUAUUGAAUUUCAAAAUUAUUGAGCCAAGUUUACCAUUGUUUUAAAAGAAAUUCUUUACAAAUUUUAUUUUGAAAUGCUAAGCAUCUAUUUUGAGGGAAAACUAGUCUUCAGUUAAUAGCUUGUUUGCUUUAGCUGUGACUGCAAUUAUAUUUUUGUUUCAAAACUAAGUUUUUAGAAGUGCUCACUGUGAAUGUCAAAGUAUAUUCCUACGUAUUUUAAUACCUAAUUGUAAACUUUGUCAAAAGCCUUGUUUUAUACUUGUUAAACUGAACAGAAUUUUGGGUAAUAUUGAAACAUUACUUUUCAUA